UGCAGUUGUUUUUUUUAGAUAAAAUAUGUGAUCAGAAUGAAAUAACAUUUUGAGAAACCAACUUUUUGGUGUUUCAUUAUGACCAGUUGGUUUAGACAAAUUACCCCCAGGUUACCACGUUAAAUGUCGUAAAAAUAGGCAAACAUGCCACUGGUAUCGAUGAAAAAACCCAGCAAAGGGAGCUCAAAGAGUUUCCCUGUGCGAAUAACGACGAUGGAUGCAGAACUGGAGUUUGAUAUAGAGAACAAGACGACAGGAAAGGAACUGUUUGAUCUUGUUUGUCGAACCAUUGGCUUGCGUGAGACAUGGUACUUCGGGCUGCAGCAUGUUGAUUCUAAAGGAUAUAUUGCUUGGUUAAAGUUUGAAAAAAAGGUACUGGACCAGGACGUAGGAAAGGAGAUUCCCAUUCAGUUUUUAUUCCUGGCCAAGUUUUACCCGGAGGACGUGAGCGAGGAGCUCAUUCAGGAGAUCACGCAGCACCUGUUCUUCCUGCAAGUCAAGCAGUCGAUCCUCGACAUGGACAUCUACUGCCCUCCAGAGGCCUCCGUUCUGCUGGCUUCGUACGCUGUCCAGGCCAAGUAUGGUGAUUAUGAUGAGUUCACGUACAAGCCUGGGAUGCUGGCAAGUGAGGACUUGUUACCCCAGCGAGUGAUUGACCAAUACCAGAUGACACCCGAGAUGUGGGAGGAACGAAUCAAAGUGUGGUACGCUGACAGGAGGGGCAUGACACGGGAUGAAGCAGAAAUAGAAUACCUAAAAAUAGCACAAGAUUUUGAAAUGUAUGGUGUGAAUUACUUUUUAAUAAAGAACAAGAAAGGAAGCGAUCUUUGGCUUGGUGUUGAUUCAAUAGGAAUUAAUGUUUAUGAAAGAGACAAUAAACUAGCUCCAAAAAUAACAUUUCCAUGGAGUGAAAUUAAAAACAUUUCAUUUAAGGACAAAAAGUUUCUUAUCAAAAAUGUUAAAAAAGGAGCCAAAGAUUUCUCAUUUUAUGCACCAAAACUUAGGAUAAACAAAUUGAUAUUGGAGCUGUGUGUUGGUAAUCAUGAAUUGUAUAUGCGGAGACGGAAACCGGAUUCAAUGGAAAUUCAACAAAUGAAAGCUCAGGCUAGGGAUGAAAAAGUCAGAAAACAGCUGGAAAGAGCCAGGUUAGCCAAAGAGAAGCAGCUACGAGAGGAAGCCAUGCGAGAUAAAGAAGAGUUGGAAAGAAAAUUUGUUCAGUUACAAGAAGAAGUUAGAUUGUCACAUGAAGCUUUACUGAGGUCCGAGAAGACGGCUGAUUUGCUCGCAGAGAAGGUAAAGAUCAUGGAUGAGGAAGCAUCCCUGUUACGGGAGAGAGCACAAGAACAAGAUAACGAAGUCCACCGGAUCAAGUUGUCAGCCAUCAAGACCGAGGAAGAAAGAAUAUUAAUGGAACACAGAGCGCGAGAAGCUGAACAAAUUGCUUCCAAGCUGCUGGAAGAGUCAGAAAGAAGGGCGAAAGAGGCUGAUGCAAUGAAGGAUGAAUUAUUGAAGGCACGCAUUGCAGAAAAAUUUGCUAAAGACAAGCUGUUAGAUUUGACCCGACCUGAAAUCAACUUUGGUAUAGGACAUGGUUUUACGCAAUUUUCUGGUUUAAGUCCAGAUCUCACCAGUUUGCGGCUUGGAUCAAGAUCUCUGUCAACAACAGAUAGUUCAAUGGGCUUAGGUUGUGAUCCAGUGAUGGGUGAUAUGGAUCAGUUAUCACUGGAGAUUGAGAAAGAAAGAGUCGAAUACAUGGAAAAGAGUAAAAACCUUCAAGAACAGCUAAAAGAUCUUAAAACAGAAAUUGAAGUGCUAAAGGUGGAAGAAAAACAGACCGACUUAGACAGACUGCAUGAAGAAAGUAUACAAAAAGGAGAAACGAAGUACUCCACAUUGAGAAAGAUUGGAUCCAGCACUUCCAAUGCCCGAGUUGCCUUCUUUGAAGAUUUAUGAAACAAAGCAAAACAGAAUCUGAGAACAACUCUAGAGUCUUUCAACAGAAUGUGAUUUCUGCAAUAAACAAUAACAGGAAAGUAACAGCAGUUGAUGUGGAAGCAGAUGAGAGUUCAACUGAAACACCUUUCUGUGUGCAUUCAGAACAAACCGAGCGUACAAAAAUACUGAUGCCUUAGGAGAGUUGUAGUUCUUCAGCAUAGCAGAUGCAAAGUAAAGUGCCAAAUGUUUCAUAGCAAAACUAGAUCAGCUUCAAAGUUGCUAAGUUUUCUCAUGUAUGUAUUUACUGCUACCUGACAGUGUAACAUAACAAUACCAGGGUCCCAUUCCACAAAGCGAUCUUAGCCCUGAGAUCACCUUAAGUGCAUAGCUACCUUAUGCACUAAAGUGAUCUUAGUGCUAAGAUCACUUCAUGGAACGGAGUCCAGACAACCAAGUUGUAUUGCUUGUUAGACAUUUUUUCUGUAUAUUAUGAAAUGCAACAAACAUAAAUGGUGAAGCCAGAGUAUUUCCCUAUUGGUAUUAAACUACAGUAAAGUACUCUUACAACGAACUGGAAGAAACCCUGAUGGUUAGUUCAUUAUAGCAGUAGUUUGUUGUACACUUUUGUACAACUUGGUUAUCAAUGUAUAGGAAGAUAAAACGCGACUUUACGGUCAGUUUGUUCUAUGAAGUAGUUCGUUCUGAGCAUGUCCGUUAUAAGUGUACUUUACUGUAGUUGUAAGGGUCAUGCUCCACACUUGCUGCCAUUUAAGCUCUCAGUAAUCAUACUUAAGAGUGUGCGUACUGAGGUUACAGAAUCCACAGUGCCUUCUAGUAAUAAUUCAGUUCAAUGCGGGGUCAUACAGUCAAGAGACACCUCCAAAAUCAAACUUGAAAGUGGGUCAAAUUCGUGGGUGGUGGUGGUUUGGGAAGGUUGGGGGUUGGUGGGGGGGGGGGGGGGGUAUAUGUGGGCUACACCUCAUUGAGCUUAACAGUAGCUGGGACUUGAAUCUUUUACCCACCAGUCUAAACCUAGCUGAUCUGUCCACUGUAGUACAGAGGCUGUUAUUUCUCAGAUUUUUUUCUGUGUAGAAAAAUGGUCCAGAAUUUUUUUCUUUUUUUUUUCUUUUGUAAUUUUAUGCAGAGUAGACCGACUGGUAAUGACUGGGGCCUAACUAAAAAUCCUCCUCUUAAGCAACAUCACAUCGACUCUGCAACUCUUUUUACACUGCACUGUGAGGUAGCAAAAUUGCAAGAAUUUAGUCAAUUAGGUUCAUGAUUUAAUACUGUCCAGUUUUAGCAAUCUCUAUGGCAGCUUUAUGCAAGGUUUUCAAGGAGCUACAUGUAUGUCACUGUGACUGAAUAUCAUAGUGAGGUUCAGUGUUAAUGUGACCAUUGCAGUGAGUGUAUUAGCAUGAGUGUGAGCCUCCCGGUGAGACAAUGAGCUACAACUAGUUGAAAAACUAGCUAUUUUUGUAGGCUUUUGUGUUUUGGGUGGGGUUUUUGUUUUUUUUGGUUUUUUAUGACAGGUUAUGUUCCGAGGAUAAUGAAAACAAAUUUUUUCUUAUUCAGCACAUUAUUUGAUUGGUUCCUGAUGUGGUUUUACUCUUAUUUGGCUGAACUAAGCAAGUUAAAUUGAUCUCUGGUAAAAUUUAUGAAAACAUCCCACCAAAAUGAGAAAAAUGAUCUUAUGAUUAUUUUCAUAAAUAAUUCUAAUAAUGCAAAGAAAUUCGGCUAUUAGUGGAUUUCGUGACACAUGUACAAAGUAUGACAAACACCUUUAUUAUAUAUUUUUGACACAUCAGAAAUAUUCAUCAUUUAGAAACUGUACAGAAAGAAACAAUCAUAAUAUCUGUGAUAAAAUAGCCUUGCAGUGUGCAAUUUCUUUUUGAUUAUUUCAACAACAUCCAUAAAAUGAUUUUCAGUUUUGCUUCUUUAAUCUUUUAGGAUGUGGGGGUUGUUGAAAUGAAAGUCAAAUAGUUAAAAUUAAGUACUAUUUAUUAUUGGUUUGUGAAUGUUUCAAUCAGGCUUUUUUAAUCUCAAUUAUUACAACUACUGCAGGCAGAUUUUGCUUAUUUUCAAACAUUUCUCAUUUAAAAUGCUGCUUUUUAACAGCUUUAUCAUGGAUGAUGGUUGCUUUUGUUCUUAAACUAUGCAGUUUUUGAGACAUUGUUGUUAUUGUUUUGUCACAGUGUAGAUUUUUACUGGCUUUAUCCUUCCUGUAUUUUGUUAUAAAUAAAACCAUUUUCAAAAGUUGCCUUAUUCACAUUAAAAUGUACAUUCUCCCGUACUGCCAUAAUAAAUAUAGGGAGGUGGUGAUAUAUCGUGCAUGUAAAUUAUUUUCCGCUGUAUUAGAAUGCUGUCUCAUAUUGACAUUACCUCUGUAAAGAUUAUAGGCAGUGUUGCUUAACAAUUUGUCGAUUGAAUUGUGUGACUUGAUAUAUACACUGUUGAUACUUUCCUCUUCGGCUUACACUCACUACCAUAAACUGUUUUAUGAACAUUUAAAGUGGGUAGCCUUAGCCAAAAAUGGAUCAGAUAAAUAUUUUUUUAAUUUGUGGCUACAUAACUAUAAUUCAAUAAAACAUGUCGCUUAUGGUAAGUAUUUUGCUGGUUGAAUAAUGUACUACAAAAUAAAUGUAUAUAUUUUAAGAUGUUAUAAUUUUGUUGGGUUGUAGUAGGUAAGCUGCCAUAUGACCCUGUAUUUAGCACAAGUUUAGACAUUUUAAAAUAUAAAAUAUGCAAGUUUAGACAUUUUAAAAUAUAAAAUAUGCAAGAUUAGACAUUUUAAAAUAUAAAAAGUGCACAUUUUUAUACAUACAUAUACAUGUAAUUGAAUCGGAUACAGUUUUAGACAUUUUAAACUAAUUGUUUUUAGCACAUGAUUGAUGUAGUAUACUUCAUUUAAUCGGACGGGUAUUUUAUUUCAACAUACCAAGGUCAGUAGCUUUGGUAAUUAUAAAUAUUUGAAAUAAAAUAGUGUCAUCUUCAAGGUGCAUGAAAUUUGUUUUACAAAUAACUAAAAGCAAUCGAAGGUACUUGUUAUGAUUUUUUUUAAUAUACAAGAACAAGUCCUUUUUAAAUUUGGAUAUGUUAGAUGUCCAAUUCAUCUGUGAUAGGGUAGCAGUUACUUGACAGAGGAAUCAACAGUGUUACAAACACAUUGCAUAAUGGCAUGUAAAUACCUGGAAGUUGUUUUUAAUGUUUAAAAUGGCUCCUUGUAUGUAAAAUGUAUAAUAUUAUAUAUAUAUAUAUUUUUUCAUAAAGAAAGUGGAGAAAGCAGAGUUGCACCAUAUUUCAAUGAUUCGGUUAUACAUUGUUUAUGGUGCAUGUAUAUUACCAAGUGAUGAUCAGGAUUGUUCAUUUGUUUGACAGCAUAAUUAUGUCAUUAUAUAUCCCUCCCCCAUCCUGAACAUUAUCAGUUUGUCUACAAACAAAUUCAUACAAAUACAAUUACACAGAAAAAUAUCCAAUGGUUUUGUUUUGGUUUUUCUCUUUUUAUAAAGUUGAAUGUGCUGUAAGGAGCAAAUACAAACCUUCUGGACACUUAAAUCUGCAAUCUUGAGUAUAUUUUAAAAACAAACAUUUUCAUCACUUGGACCAUCCGCAUCCAUUUUCUUCCCAUAAAAUUAUUAAUUCAUCAUUCUUUUUUGUGUGUGUGAUAAAAUGGGGAUAUAAGUUGCAGUUUUAAUGUAUGCAUUUUAUAUUUAUUAAGUUAUCAUUAAAACAUUUGAAAUUCAAACCAUGACAAAAUCAAAAUCUGUUUAUUAAUGACUAGAAGAAAAACAUUUUAUUAUUGUGGGGAGUAUAUUUGGUUUAUAAUAUACUGACUACAUCACAAUUUUAAAUAUAAAAGUCACUGGUAAUCAAACUGCUGGGGUACUGUUAGAACAGAUAUCCCUUCUUUUUUCUCUUCUUUCUUUUUUGUUUAUAAUGAUGCAGUGGUGCUUGUGAUUUCUGUAGUAUUACAUGGUUAAUUUUACAUCAGUUAACUAGGCAUUGUCUUUAUUUUAGUUUAUUUUUGAUUCAAAAGAAUACAUUUAAUUUAAUGUAAUAAUAUAAUAAUUAUAAGUAAUAUGUUUUUUCAUAUAGUGGUAGAAAUGUAUUUUUAUUCAAAGGCACAGACCUUAGUUUCAACUGGUAAAAAUGGACACUAAGUUUGGAUAACAUUUACAACAGAGUAAAACAAGAGUCUGUGAAGUUGAAACAGUGAAAUACCGUUAAAAAUAGACGAAAAUUCGACUCCAUAACGGUUACUUCUCGGACGCACGUGCGGUUUUAAAAAUAUAAAAAAUGCAUUUUGUGGUAUUGGAAACACCAGGAUGACCAGAAAGACUUCAGUUGUAUGGAAAUGGAUAAUCUAAACAAUAAAAAAUAAGUAAAGUUUGA